UAUUUUCUAUUUUGUCCGCGCGAGCCUGUCCUUCGAAUUUGUUUCCAGGUGACAUUUUCGCGGGUACGUCUCCCCAAUGGAGGUCUCUUCCAUUGAGAGGCUCUGUUUACAUGUCGUUGAUUUCUUCUGCAUUUCAAAGAUGCCGCUUAUCAGAGAAUCUAUGCAGACUAUCAGUUGUUCUCAAUUGUUCUUCUGCAAGCGAUCCUUCUCUAAUUCGAAUAUCAAUUUCAGAUACGGGUAGUGGGAUCUGCUUGGAGGAGUUCAAUGACCUGACAUGCACAAAGGAAGUUGGCGUUGCAGAAAAGUGGGAUGGAUUGCUUUCUAUCCAAACUACUAGUAUUUGUGAUUAUGAGAUUCACCAUUACAAUAUGAAUAUUAGAGGAAAUCCUUCAGAAAUAAGGCUGACAACACUGCCUUCAAUAUCUAAGAAUGGCUCUAAAUUCAGUGGGACUGAAGUAUCUUUCUCCGUUUCUGAAUGCAUUGAAAUUCUGCUGAGAGAGAUCAAGCACUUCUUUCAAAAGAUGCUCGUUCUAAAGAUCCCUGUGGAAUCAAGCUUGCUGGAGUUGCGUGGCCAGAAUCGCGUGAUGAAGAUGAUCGGUGUCGUCUAUGGGAUGGAUUUGGAAAGCAGACUUGUUAGGUUUGUUCAGAAUGUCACGGCUGAUCUAGUGGUUGAAGGAGGGGAUUUUCCUGGAUCACGAUAUGAAACUGUCUUUCUAGCAAGUGAAUGCAAUGUGUCACAUUUCCAAUCCUCUUAUCUUGAAUGUUUGAAGUCUGGCCUUGAAGACUAUGUUCUAAAGCACGGAAAUAGUGUGAAUACAAAAUGUGACUCUUGCUUUCCCUGUAGGGAGAAUCUGAAGGUUGGAAGUGGAACAGCAUACCAUAGAGAAGGCCACAAAAAUGCUGGACUAGCGAUGGAAGCAGUGAUUAUAAUAAAUGACUUCCCCACCAACCCUUGCUGCAGGUCAUGCAGUGCUAUAACUGAGGUUUUGUAUUUCGAAGAUUUUUUACCUUCUUCAAUCCCUCAGUCAUCCCUGAAUGCACUAACCAGCAUUGGGUGGAAAAGUUAUGGGUUGACUCUGGUGAGUGCCAUGGAUCAAGGUGGCUGUGCAUUAUUAGAAUGGGGAGGAAAUGUCUCAUCAUAUGGUCAAAUCAAUGUGGCCCUCCAUUGUUACCAUAGACAGUUAAUGAUACCAGGAGGACAUAAAAUUCAAUCUGACCAGAAUCUAAUGAAGAGAGCAAUUAAGCUUGCUUUGGAUGAUUUGAAGGAGAAACAUGAAGGAACACUGCUAAGUGAAAAUGCUCUCAAGGUCCUCUUCCUCUCUGUCUGCCACAGUUAGUCCAUAUAAGCACACACAUGCACAUGCAAACAGGUACAAACAGAAGAUCAUAUGUUGCAAAUCUUAUUUAUGAAUAGGACAUAAAAUUGCUAGAAUUGUUGGCUGUCUCAUCUAAUAUGCCAAUUCCAUGAAAUUGGAAUUAGAAUAAAAUAGAAAUGUGGAAACUUUUCCACCUUCAGGGAGGGCUCGGUGUGCCCUCCAAACCUCGCAAUCUUCAUUUCUACUUUGUGGUUUUGGGAAGAUAAACGAGGAACUGAUGCUUUCUAGAGAGCAUCCUCUAGAAAACAUCACAAUGGGCUGGGUGUACCCUUAAAUAAUAUUUCUUUUUCUUGCCCUUAAUAAUAUUGCCUUUGCUUGGCAAGAAAUUUCAGAAUUUCAAAUAAUGUUUUUUUUUUUCUUAUUAGUAAUCUUUGGGAUAGGAUAGUAUGCUUCUCUUCUUUCUGGGCUAAAGUCACAUUUUCAUUAAGCAUUUUUCCUUCUACAAUACAGUGGGAAUGGGGUUGCGAUCUUAUAUUGAUCCAUUUGAAUACAUUGUUUUCUUGUAUGUUUGUUUUUUUUAAUCUUUAUGGAGGAUACCAUAUCCUCCGUUAGAUUGUAUUCCUUUUUUUUCAGUGCAAUAUAUUCUUCUUCUAAAAAAUGCUAGAUGUGAAGAUUA